UUGCUUUUGGAGCUGCGCAAUGCUGAUAUGAGUUGGCCAGAAGAAGUGAGCUGUCUGGAAAAUAAUGCCGAAGCUGACGGCGUAGAAAAUUCCGACUCGGCACGCAUCUCCGGGAUAACAGGCUUGUACAACAUGGGAAAUACGUGCUAUAUGAACAGCGCUCUGCAGUGUCUUAGCAACACUCGACCCCUUUCCAGUUAUUUUCUCAGUGGAAAACAUAAAGAUGAUAUCAAAAGGUUGAAAUCAAAAGGAACUGUAGCGAUGGAAUACGGCAAUAUUGUGAAAGAGCUUUGGUCCGGCAAGAAACGCAACAUCGCUCCAAUCAAACUGCGGCGGACGCAACAUGAUUGUCAAGAAUUUCUCUCCAUAUUGCUCGAUUUGUUGCACGAAGACUUGAAUCAGAUCGAAUGCAAACCAUUUAUUGAGCUCAACGACAGUGAUGGCCGACCGGAUUCUGUUGUUGCCCAAGAAGCUUGGGAUGCGCAUUUGAAGAGAGAAAAGAGCAUUAUUGUUGAUUUAUUCACUGGCCAGCUGCGUUCAGCUCUUACUUGCUCAAAGUGUCACGCCGUAUCGAGCAGGUUUGAUGCAUUCACGUGUUUACAGUUGCCCAUUCCAAUUGAUCAUCUGCUUCUCAUUACAGUUGUUGUAGUGAAGCGUGAUGGGCAAAUCCCAGUGCGAUAUGCAUUUCGGCUGAGCUACGACACGAAAAUAGGAAUGUUCAAGAAAGAACUAUCGGCGUGCUGUGAAUUAUGUCCGAGUUCGUUCCGCAUCCUCUGUCUGAAUCGAUCGGGUCAAAUGAUGCAAGAAGUAAAUGAAGCAGUUGAUGAUGAUAGCAGCUCAGUGUCUGCUUAUCCGAACGAUGCGUUACUGUAUGCAUUUGAAUUGCCUGUUGAGACGAAUCAUCGGAAUAUGAACUGUUUCGUUGCUGCGCCCACUGUAAUUGCCGCACAUCGUAAAAUGCAAUAUAACGAUUCAUAUCUGCUUGGUGCAACCCGUGGUUGUACGGCUCGUGUUUUUGGUGUUCCGUUGAUUUUACGAUUCACUCCUGGCAAAACGACAGGCAGUGAAUUGUACGAAGAGGUUUGGCUGCAUGUUUCCCGUUUUUUGCACAAUGCUUCAGCAGGAAAACAACAGCGAACAAGAGGGGCGAAUCGCGCUAUCGAUGCGUAUGAUUUUGUUCUGUUUAGGGCCAACAGUAUUUUUGUUUUUAAGUGUUUUGUUAUGUCUCGAAGUAGUCGUGCGGAAGUGAAUUCCAUUCACUACAGGGCAGAGGACAUUCGAAACGGUUAUCCAUUCGAACUUUGUUGCGUUGAAGCCUCAUUCGAAUGGUGCUCCGAAUGCGAGUGGUCUGCAUUUUGCCGUGGUUGUGUACUACCAAGCAGUAGUGAA